CCCGACAACCCAUUGAUUUCAGCGAUCACUUCCUUUGGAUUAAGACCCCGCUCACUGAAUUGGCCACUUUUCACCGCAACUUUUGUCCCCCACCACAACGCGAAUUUACGACUCCAGGAAAGAAAAGAGCAUGUAUCUCAGACCAUGGACUCAUCGAUUGCAUCCUCCUCUUUCUAAAUAUGGAAUGCGUACUCCCUUUGCGGCUUCAAUACAAAGACAGAGUCGGAGAGCAUUGCCCCACCUCAGUACUAAGAACUCCGACGGAAUACGUGUGUAUAUUUUAUUCCCACUUCUGAAAUCUCUAAUUGUUGGAGUGGAAGACAUAGCGGAGGAGCAGCUCUACAGAUACACGAGGAAUCGAUGGAUGCACGUUGGAUUCUUCUCCUCUAAACUACGCUGACCCGACAUAGAUCCAAGGAAUCAGUUCAACUUGGGCAACGAUAUCUGAAGUUU